AAGAAAUUUUAGCUCCUAGAGAAAAUGGCUUCUUCACCUCUCUUUAUCACUCUUCUAAUCUCCCUGUUGUCACCCUUCUUUCUCCGAAUGGUUCUUGCUCAAGUACCAUCUACAUGUGCCUCCAGACUGCUUUCCUUAGCUCCAUGUGGUCCAUUCGUUCAAGGCUUUGUCCAGCUUCCCGCUCAACCUUGCUGUGACAGCUUAAACCAAAUCUAUAGCCAAGAAGCAACCUGUCUCUGUCUCUUCCUCAACAACACUUCUACUCUGUCCCCUGCUUUUCCAAUUAAUCAAACUCUUGCUCUACAAUUGCCUCCGCUUUGCAACAUUCCAGCCAAUUCAUCUUCUUGCUCCUCCACCUCCUCCCCUGGAGGAGAGGCGCCAAGUGAUUCAUCCUCUGUUGCUCCACCACCUUCCUCCUCUGUUGCUCCACCACCUUCUAGCUCACCUGGUUCUCAAAUCUCUCUAGGUGCAAAGAACAAGUCUCGUGUCGUGGCGACUCCAGUGGCUCAAAUGGCACCAAGACCCACCAGUUUUAUGGGAUUAGGCUAUGGUGUGAGAUCCUCUGGUUCCAAGUCUGAGACUCAGUUAAUCAUCCUUACACUCGCAACUGUUCUACCAGCCACUCUCCUCCUCAUCUGAGUGUCCAUCUGCAUCAAACUACCCUCUCGUCUUUAGUUAUUCUCCUGUGUUAUGUUUUCCCCAUGAUCUAAAAGCAACUUUAUUAAUCUACCUU